CCAACUUAGAAUUCUCUCCGACAAACCCACAACAAUAAGGAGCUUCGAUCCUAGGAAGUUAACAUCUUCCCCAUAACAUACGAUCGCGAUCGAUUUCUUGCAUGACAUUAAACAUUAGUUUAACCAUAUAUUAAACAGUUGGUACGGGUACCAUGGCAGCAGACUCACCGCCUCGGCCACCUAACCAAGACAACUCGCCCUCGCGAGGCGGCGAACACGAACAGCAAUUUCCCCUCCCCGCCAUCCUGACUUACCCCUCCUCGACCCCGCCAUCCCUCAUAACCCAGGGCGCCGAGGCGCGACUGUACAAGACAACCUAUCUCCUACCCUCCAUUCCCGCCGCCCUCAAGUACCGCCCGCCCAAACCAUGGAGACACCCGAUCCUCGACGCGCGAUUGACGCGCCACCGCAUAUUGGCCGAAGCGCGCAUCCUGGUAAAAAGCCGUCGCGAAGGCGUCCCUGUCCCGGCUGUGUACGCGGUUGACGAGACGGCAGGGUGGAUGAUGAUGGAGUGGGUGAAAGGUGUGCCGGCGCGUGUGGGAAUUAACGAGUGGUUGAGGCGACGGAAAGAGACUGAAAAAACUACAAGUGGUGACGUCAAUAAUACCGAAGACGAAAAUGACGGGGAUGCGGCACCGAUCACAGGGGACGGAGAAGAAGAUAAAGAUCUAGUUGCGCUGAUGCGCAGGAUAGGGAGCGCAGUAGGACGUAUGCACAAGGUAGGUAUCGUACACGGCGACCUGACAACGAGCAAUAUGAUGCUGCGGCCGUGGGGAAAGGGUAGGGAGCCGGCGAACGGACAUGCGAGUGGCGGCGACGGCUUGCUGGACGGCGAUAUAAUCAUUAUCGACUUCGGCCUGGCGAGCCAGAGCUCGUCCGACGAGGAUCGCGCUGUCGAUCUAUAUGUUCUGGAGAGAGCGUUCGCUAGCACGCACUCGCGCGCCGAGAAGCUGUUCUCGGCUACGUUGGAGAGUUCCUAUAAGGAGGCAUUUAAGCAGGCGCCUGUGGUUAUAAAGAAACUUGAAGAAGUUAGGAUGCGUGGGCGCAAGAGAAGCAUGAUAGGAUAGACUAUCUUAAGAAGAAUAUUGAUAUGGCUAUUUAAUUUGACACGAUG